AUGGCUACUCUCCAAGGCUUGUCAAAGAUUAGACUGGUUCCUAACAAGAACUACAAAAGAUCCGGUACCAAAUCCUAUGUCUCUCUACUCAAUAAAUGGGGCUUUGAGCCCACAAAGCCUGGUCCAUACUUUCAGAUGAACAAGGCCACCGCAACUUCAGCUAGCUUCCAUAAGUUUGGCCAUAAAGCACAAACUCAACGUGUGUUGGCAAAGAAGACACCUACCGGAGAGAACGGCGAAGUCCCAGCCGAAGACCAACAAAAUGAUUCUGAGUAUCUCUGCCCUGUACAGAUUGGUACACCAGCACAAACUCUAAUGCUCGACUUUGAUACUGGAUCGUCUGAUUUAUGGGUCUGGUCCACAGAACUUCCCAAAGCUACAACUUCCAAGGCAACCGGACACACAAUCUUCGACCCAACAAAGUCUUCCACCUUCAAAGCUGCCAAGAGUUCCAAGUGGCAAAUCUCAUAUGGUGAUUCCUCUUCUGCUUCAGGUACCGUUGGAACAGAUACUGUUUCUCUUGGCGGUCUGGCCAUCAAAAACCAGGCAGUUGAGCUUGCAACCAAAUUGUCUGCUCAGUUUGAACAGGGUGCCGGCGAUGGAUUGCUUGGUCUCGCAUGGGGUAGCAUCAACACCGUCACACCCAGACCAGUUGCUACACCCGUUGAUAACAUGAUCAGCCAAGAAGAUAUCCCAUCAGACGCUGAACUUUUCACUGUGAAUCUCGGUAGCUGGCGCGAUGCCGACGAAGCCGACAAAGGUGCCAGUUUCUACACAUUUGGCUACAUCGACCAAGAUGUCGUUGGAAGCAAAGAAAUCUACUAUACCCCCGUGGACAACUCUCAAGGAUUCUGGAUGUUUGACUCCACAUCUGCUACUGUCAACGGUAAGACUGUCGCGCAGACUGGUAACCAAGCUAUUGCUGAUACCGGAACUACUCUUGCAUUGGUCUCUGAUGAGACUUGCCAAGCCAUCUACGAUGCAAUCCCAGGAUCUACUUAUGAUUCGGAACAGCAAGGAUACACAUUCCCAAGCAACACCAGCGCUGAUGAUCUCCCCGUCGUUACUUUUGCAGUUGGCGGCAAGCAAUUCGCAGUUCAAAAGGAAGAUUUGGGAUUUGCGGAUGCGGGUAAUGGUAUGGUUUAUGGUGGAAUCCAAUCCAGAGGUUCCAUGACGUUUGACAUUCUUGGCGAUACUUUCCUCAAGGGAAUCUAUGCUAUCUUUGACCAAGGUAACACCCGAUUUGGAGCCGUUCAAAGAACCGAAGCUACACAGAACACCAGCGCUCCACCAGCUUAA